CACACCCCUCAGCCCCAGCCUGGAGUCAGCAUAUAAGCAGGCACCCCAGGGACACGGCUCUCACAGCUCACCCCAUCUGAGACUGGACCCUGAACCUCCUCGGCCUCUUGACCAUCAUGAAGCUCGCUAUCAUUGUCAUCCUGGCCCUGGUCACCCUCUCUGUCCCCUGCAGCUCUGCAUCUGCAGAGGUCUGCCCCCCACUCAUCAAUGUCCUGCAGAAUCUCCUCAAGGGCUCAAAAGCUGAAUUUGGGUCUGCCAUGGAUGUGUUCACUCUUAAGAAAGACUCAAGAGAAGCAGGAUUCCAACUCAAGUUACUAAUGGACCCCUUCCCUGUCACCUUCAAGGACAAGCUCAAUAACCUCUUGCACGAGAUGGCAACCAGCCCACAGUGCGCCGAGGGUUCCCAGGCUGAAGAUGUACAUUCAUAG